GCUCAGAAAUCAGGCAGCCCAUCCCUCCCAAGAAAGACACCGUGGGUGACAAAUGUACCACAGGGAUCCUUUUAAAGCAGAAAGAUGUUGAGAAGUUCCAUCUAAAGAAGAGAAGAAAAUGAAGCACCUCAGUCACCCUGCUUUUAAACCAGUGUUUGCUGAAAUUCGGUUCUCUGGAGUCCAGGCUCAGGAUCACGUUAGGAACACUGCCUGGAGUGAAUGAGCCCUGUGGAGAACGCUUUUCUGCACACUAGAAGCAAGCGAGCCCCACCAGGAGGUAGAGAACGCUGCAGAUCCACGGCCCAGCACGUGCAUUCCCCGAGGCUUCUGGAAGCUACCUCAUGCUAGGGAGAUCGCACUAGCCAUGGGCCUCACACCUGGCAUCUUGCUACUGCUGCUGCUGCUGGCCCUGGGCGGGAACUGCAUCGCAGGAGGGCAGCCUGCACCCACAGACAGCCCUGGGCAGUUGCAUUAUGCACUGCCUCCAAUGACGUACGAGACCCCAGACGCCUACUCAGCCGGGCCCAUCACCGUCCUCUUCCAAAUGGUGCACAGCUUCGUCCGUGUGGUCCAGCCCUACAACUUCCCCGAAGAUAUUGUCAGAAAAAUCAUACAGAAGAAGUUUGAGCCCUCAGCUGAUUAUGAGAAGGUCGCCCACUAUGAAAUUGGCAUUAUCAUCUGCGCUGUCCUGGGACUGCUCUUCGUUAUUCUGAUGCCAGUGGUGGGGUAUUUCUUCUGUCUGUGCCGUUGCUGCAACAAGUGCGGUGGAGAAAUGCACCAGCGACAGAAGCAAAGUGGCCCCUUCCGGAGGAAAUACUUUGCAGUCUCCCUCUUGGUGAUUAGUGUAAUUAUAAGCAUCGGCAUCUUGUUUGGCUUUUUGGCCUGCCUCCAAGUGAGGACCUGGAUCCAAAGGACCCAGAACCUGGCAGACAGCAACUUGAAAGACUUGCGGACACUCCUGAACGAAACUCCAAAGCAAAUUGACUAUAUAUUGGCUCAGUUCAAUACCACAAGGGACAAAGGAUUCUCCGAUCUGGACAAUAUUAAUAAACUGCUGGGAGGCAAAAUUCACGACCGACUAACACCUAAAGUGAUCCCUGUUCUUGAUGAGAUCAAGGCCAUGGUGACAGCCAUCAAAGAGACCAAAGAGGCCUUGGAGGGCGUGAACCGCAGCGUGCAGAGCCUGAGGCUGGAGAGCAGGCAGCUGAACAACAGCCUGACAGAAGUGAAAAACGACAUGGAGAAGACGCUGGAGAACAACGAGUGCACUGCCGAACCAGUGCAGCAGAUCUGUGACAGCAUCAAGGAGUCUCUGGGCCAGCUGGAGAGCACCCCGGGCCUCGACCAGCUUCCGUCUUUGGAUACAGAACUUAAAAACAUUGAUAGUAUUCUUGCAACCGAUUUGGAAGGCCUAGUCAAUCAGGGAUAUGCAUCCUUUGAUAAUAUACCUGAGAAGGUGAAAAAUCAAACUGCAGCAGUCGUUCAAGAUGUCAAAAAUGUCAUGAGUGGCAUUAGUUCAAACAUCAACAGACUCACUAAGCAGAUUCCUAUACAGGACACGCUGUCAAAUUUCACUGUUUACAUCAACAACACUGAAAGUUACAUCCACCAGAAUUUGCCCAAGUUGGAAAAAUACGACUCCUACUGGUGGCUGGGGAGCUUGAUUAUCUGCUUCCUCCUGAGCCUCAUCAUGGUCUUUUUCUACCUGGGCAUGUUGUGUGGCAUCUGUGGCUACGACAAGCAUGCCACCCCGAUGAGUAGGGGCUGCGUGUCCAACACGGGAGGCGUCUUCCUCAUGGUUGGGGUUGGAUUAGCUUUCCUCUUUUGCUGGCUGUUGAUGACCCUCGUGGUUCUUAUGUUUAUUGUUGGUGUAAAUAUGGAAAAAUUGGUCUGUGAACCUUAUGCAAACAGGAAGUUAUUCCAGAUUUUGGACACCCCCCACUUACUAAAUGAGGAGUGGGAGUAUUAUCUCUCUGGCAUGAUACUCCAAAAACCAAAUGUUAAACUCACCUUUGAACAAGUUUACAGUGAUUGCAAAAAUGAUAAAGGCAUUUACACCAGCCUUAAACUAGAGAACCGUUUCAACGUCAGUGAGGAGCUCAACAUUCAGAAGCACACUGGAAACAUAAUGAGUGAAUUUGAAAAUCUGAAUGUAAAUCUUGAUAAUAUUGUUCUGCUGGAUGCAGAAGGAAGAAAAAACCUUCAGGCCUUUGUGACUUCUGGAAUUCAGAAUAUAGAUUAUAACACCCUGUUGGCUCAGACUGAUAAACCCCCUGUAAAAGUGAAUCUUUUAUCAUUUUCGCUUGACCUAGAAGACAAAGUAAGACAUUUGCCCCCAGGAAAUGUGAAAGAUGAGCUCCGAACCCACGCGCAGACUACCAAAGGGAUUCAACAUCAGCAAGUCCUGCGUAUGGAACAGUCACUGAACAAUUUAAAGAAAAACAUCGGAACACUUCAGCGAACAAGCAGUGGAUUGGAGGAGAAAGUGAACAAGGUCCUGGUCUCUCUGGACUCUGCUCAGAACUUCAUGGCGAACAAUAUCUCCUCUAUUAUUGUUGAAGAAACGAAGAAGUACGGGAAAAUCAUACUAGGACACUUUGAACAUUAUCUGCAGUGGGUCAAGGAUGCUGUCACUGAGAAAAUGGUGUCCUGCAAGCCCAUGGCCACCGCCCUGGAUUCUGCCAUCAGUGUCGCUCUGUGUGGCUACAUUGUCCACCCUCUGAAUUUGUUUUGGUUUGGUAUAGGACAAGCUACUAUGCUAUUACUUCCGGCUAUAAUCUUUGCUGUGAAGUUGGCCAAGUACUAUCGCCGAAUGGACUCGGAGGAUGUGUAUGACGAUGUUGAAACUCUACCCAUGAAAAAAUCAGACCCUGAGCCUUCUGCAUGCUGCUGACCCCUUCACUUCCCCCUGCCUGCAGGACCCUCUCUCAGUGGCUGUCCCCAGUCACCCCUACAUAGCAUUCCACGAUGCCACAAGUUUGCAUUUUCAACGGAUUUCUUAGCAGCGGAAUUGUGCAGCAACGAAAGCUUGGUUUCAUCUUAAAAUGCUAUGUAUGGCUCAUCUAAAUCAUUACGGAUUAAACGCAUGCACACUUUUGAUUUAGCAUUUCUCUGCAUUGAACACACUAAGUGUUAAUAGCUCUCCAGGCCUACCCUUCUUUCCCUCCCCCCUUCUUCCUUUCCUCCCUUCCUUCCAGUAAAUUGACUAUGAUUGACCAGAAAAAGAGUACCAACCUUUCCUCCAAGCUCUUUAUGAAUUUAUAUUCUCUGGAAUUAAGGAGCUUCCUGUGGUACUGGAUAUUUACCAGUGCAUUACGAUAUUGACAGCUGAUGUGGAAAUGGCUUGAGCCUCAAGACACCCAAAGUGGAAAGGAUCACAGACUUUUGAUGGUUUCCGAGCCUGCAAGAACUUUGCAGAUCCAGGAGGAACUUUGAUGGCGACACCGUGACUCAGGCAGCCCCUGGGGUGCAGCGUCAUUGGUCUCUGGGUGGUACUUUGUUAGGAUGAACAUGGUCACAUUUACAGUCCACGUGUCCCUCACUAUUUAAGCAUAAUUCUCCCCUACCCUGUUUGUUUUUGUUUUGUACUUUUUUACAGUGAAUUUCUGUAUAGACACUACAGUAUAUAGGUGUUUAUUCCCACCAAACACGUUUCUGUAUCUAGCAGCUAUUCAGAUGAGUUAGCUGAGUUCCUGACUUACUUCCACAUGUGGAGUGCGCUAAACACAUAUCAGUUUACAGAAAAAAAUGUAUUUUUUGUAUAGAAAAUUGUAUAUAUCUUUUACCCAGGAAGAGUUUUUAAACAAAUGAGUACAGUAGUCUUAAAUGAGCUUGCUAUCAGCUCAGUGUUGACUUAUUGAUGCUGUUGGAAAUAAUCCAUGUUCACUAAAAGUGUGAAACCUACAGCAUAUCCUUCCACUCGGAUUUUCACCGACUUUGUCAAUGGUUUGUCAUGAUGUUUAGAAAUAGAAUGCAGAAGCGAUCGCAGAGAAAUCUGCUUGACUUCUGCACUGGCAAAUUCAAAAUGAGAGAGAGACAGGGAGGGAGUAUCUCGAGAGAAAGAUGAUGCUCGUCAGAAGGUGGAGUCAUCUUUAUAGAUGCUGAUUACAUUUUAAUGGAGUUUUUCAUUCAUAAGGAUAGGUAUCAGUUGGAGUGUCAUUUGAUUGCAAGGUGGGGCCUAAAAUGAAAUGGAAUAAGAUCCUGUCAUGAUUCUUAGAUUUUGUAUCCAACAUGAAUGAAGCCUCUGAGUUUGGUUCUGUGAAAGCACAGAGUCAAUAUGUAUUUAUUUUGGGUUAUUCAGCUGGGAUUUGUUACUUUCAAAGUGAUCAGCAAUGAAAAGCUGGUCAAACCAAAGUGAGCUGCUUUUCAUGUUCAGAUCACAGUCCAGAUCCAUCCCAAUAAAGAGGAGCUUGGAAAACA